AUGGGAUCCUCUGAUGCUCACCGCAACUUGGAGAAGGAGUUCGAUUCUGCUGCUGUCACUACCGAGGUGCCUACCUCACUGUUCAAUGGCCCUCAGGGUAACCCCACUUUCACUGUGCCACCGGGUUUUCAGGCUAUCUCAGCCACUCCGACAACAGGGUUGAAUGUCAACGCCCAGAGGUUUGCUCUGGUAACACCGGGCUCUGAUCUGCCAAGUCUGGCCCCCACAUCUGGAGGGGGAUCGCUUAACUUUGGGCUGGCAGAGCAAAUGAUGGCUUUGCUCAGCUAUGCUAACAUGCGUCAGGCACUGGGAACUCUGAUGAUGUCUGUCAUCCCUACUGUGGCUACCCCAGCUGUGAUGCCUGGGGAAAUGCAAGGGGACGCUGCUGACAGAGAACUAGCUAGACCAGAGGGGAGCCGUGUUAGGCUUAACAGUGUUGUCAGGAAAGAGAGGGAAGAGAGACCAAAGGAGAAGGCACGGUUGAAAAAGCAAGUGUCGCAGCUGAAACACCAACUCGAGAAUCUGGAAGAAUCGUUGAGGGAGAAAUCCCGGAGGGACGACAGGGAACAGAGAUCAGAGCGGUCGUACAGAGUAGAGAAGUCAAAGUCCCACCGCCCAGAGAAAUCACGGUAUACCGAAAGAUCAGAAGAAAGGGAGCUGGAGUUUUUCUCUGGCAGGCCAGGGCACCGGGCUCACAAGCGUCAUGACCGUGACGUGCCAAGAGACAGAAGGGAGCAGGGAAGGUACAAGGAGGACAAGAGGGCUAAGACUUCAAGGUUUCAUCCUAUCAGCAACCGUAGUCCUUUCUCUGAUGAUAUCUUGGCAGACACUUUACCCAAGAGCUAUAAACCCAUCUCGCUAGAUUACGAUGGCACUACCGAUCCAGAGGUCCACCUCAACCGUUUUGAAGGGUUGGUCACACUGCAUAUGUAUACUGAGGGCAUCAAGUGCCGUAUCUUCUCCACUACUCUCACUGGACCAGCACAGUUAUGGUUCGGAACACUCGCCCCCAAUUCUAUUCACUCCUUUGAGGAUUUACAGACCCUCUUUUUACGUCAGUUCGCAAGCUCGCGAAGGGUGGGAAAGUCAGCUCUGUCACUGAUGGAUAUCAAACAAGAUCAAACUGAAACAUUGAGAGAAUACACUGCCAGAUUUAACUUAGCCGCUCUGGAGGUGCCAGAGGCGGAAUCUCAGAUUAAAAAUUGUGCCUAUGUCAGAGGGCUCAAGCCGGGGCUCUUCUUUGACGAGCUACAGAUCCGACCAGCGAGGGAUUUCGACGAUAUUAUGGCAAGGUUGCCAGGCUAUCUACAGUUGGAAGACGCCAAGAUGGCGAGAAAAGCGGAAAACGAUAAACAUAAAGUUAAAAGAGCUGAGGAAGCACCAGAGAGACAGAGACACCAGGACAGAGCACCAUUCAGAGGGUUACCUCCGAGGGUACUGCCGCCCCAGCAGCAACGUACCGUGAACGAAGUCACGCGGUUUACUGAGUACACGCCUUUAAAUAAACCACAGGAGGAAAUCUUUCAUUUGGUAAAGGAUCAACCAUUCUUCCGGGCACCGGGAACCUACCGGGAUGGGCCGCCACAGGAGGGGCCUAAUAAUAAGCUGUGUGAGUAUCACAACUCUUUUGGACACUAUACAAAACAUUGCGGACAUCUCAAGCAUCAGUUAGAGCUACUGGUGUGCCAGGGAAAUCUCGACCAGUUCAUUGACAGAGGAAAUGAGGGCCAGAGGAGGAAUGAGCAGAGGGAUCAUAGGGACCAGAGGGAUCAUAGAGAUCAGAGGGAUCAGAGAAAUAACCGGGAUCAACGACAAGAACAGGGGAAUAAUAGGGAUCAAAGAAAUGACAAUCGGGAUAAUCGUAGGGAAGGGCCAGAGAGACAAGCACCUCCUCCCCCGUAUAGGAGGGAAGUUCAUAUGAUUUGCGGAGAGAACGGGACGCCCACAUCAAAUAGGGCUAAAAAACAAGUGAUCAGAGCAGUGAAGUCAGGAUACUACCACAAGCAGGUUAUGGAGGUUACAACCGCGGCAGAAGAGCCGAUGAUCACCUUUGGGGCAGAGGAUCUACGUACAUUAAUGUACCCGCACGAUGAUGCACUGGUUAUUAUGGCGGAUAUUGCCGGCUGUAUCGUUCACCGUGUCUUCGUAGACUCGGGCAGCGCGGUGAACAUCUUAUAUUGGGAGUGCCUUCAAAACAUGGGAAUCGACGUUCACAUUGAGCCAACGAAUGCCCCUUUGUUUGGGUUCGGAGGAGAAAUGGUCAUGCCUCUGGGUUAUGUGGAGUUACCGUUAAAUCUCGGCACUACGGCUGCUAAUAGCAAAACUAGGAUGGUGCGGUUCUUGGUGGUUGACAUGCCGAAGCCCUCCUACAAUGUGAUACUUGGCCGGCCUGCAUUGAUGGCGUUUAGGGCAGUGAUUUCUAUGUUUCACUUGAAAAUGAAAUUCCCCAUCGAAGGAGGGAGAGUGGGAGAAGUUUGUGGUGAUCAAACAGCAUCGAAAGCUUGCCAUGUACAAAUGCUUACACAUUCAGCGGGACAGAAAAGGGAAAGAGUGACAGAGGGAAUGGAUACACGGAAGAAGGGGAAGGUGGGUGAAGUGAAUGCCUCGGCAGAGGAGCGCUAG